GCGAACAAGAAGGCGGGAAAAGACGGAAUGGAGCGGCAGGGACGCUGGCCGUGCUCACAGGUGGACAUGCCCCAGGUAGAGUGCAAGGACCAGGAGCCACAGCUGUUGGGGGAGAGCCAGGAGCAGCAGCAAGGCGAGGAGAGCCGCGAAGAGGAGGCUGGUCGAGGGCCAGCUAGAAGUCAGGUUUCUAGCCCCUCUAUCGCCACCUCCAGUGCCAACCGCCAGCUGAUGAUGCUGGAAGGGAAGUCAGGACCCUACUUCUCCUCUCUGGACUCGAGCAUCAACAUCCUGAAGAAGAGGGCCCAGGAGCUGAUCGAAAACAUCAACGAGAGCAGGCAGAAGGACCAUGCCCUCAUGACCAACUUCAGAGACAGCCUCAGGAUCAAGGUUUCAGACCUGACAGAGAAGCUAGAGGAGAGGAUGUAUCAGAUUUAUAAUAACCACAACAAGAUCAUUCAGGAAAAGCUCCAAGAGUUCACCCAAAAAAUGGCAAAGAUCAGUCACCUGGAAACAGAGCUCAAAGAAGUGUGCCACACGGUGGAGACUGUGUACAGAGACCUGUGCGGCCAGCCUGAGGCUACUACUUUGGAAGAAGAACAGACCCACAAAGACAGCGAAUGCUGACGGCUGCCAGGAGAGCCUCCCUUAGUGACAGCCACCAAGGAAAGGCUCAGAAGCCACCAUUCUGGCCAUGCUGAGAAAAUUGUUUUUCCGAGUUCUGUAAUGCAUCUUGGCAAAAACUGACCGACCAACCAACCCAAAGCUCCUUGUGCCAGGCCCAAAACUGCAGCGACUCCAGCCCCCACCAUGGGCCAAGCUUUGGUGCUCCCCGAUUCACCUGACCCCAACCCCACAUGGUUGAUUAAACAUUUGAUUUUCAACCCAGCCAUGCUUUCUUCCCACAGAGGUGGAAAGAGCUGAUGAGCUCUGCAGAAAUGGAUCAGGCCCUUUCUCACCCACAGGAGGAAUGGGAAAGCAAACAUCAGACAAUUAGUUGCCUGUCCCAGAUGAUCCCCCAUCCGAGAGCCACC